AUGGCAGAUUCAAAUACUGCUGAUCAAAAAACAAAUAGAUCGCCAAGAUGGUUACAACCAACACAAAUGUUUCCUGGUGCAUCAAAAACAAUACAAAAUGAUAAUGAAUGCAGCGGCGAAAGUGAAGAAGAAAAUAUUAGUCGUGAUUAUGAUCGUGAUACCGGAACAUUGUUCAUGCAGCAAUUCGACGCAUGUGAACAAAACGUCAGUGAAUUCAUCAGUUUGUAUCAUUCACAAGACUUCAACCUUCGGAAUGCAAAAAAUCAGCAAUUUUUACAAAUGCUAGAGCCAAAAUCAAAAGAAAAUACAGAAAAAAAUCGGCGACUAUAA